CAGCAGGCGUGGGAGUAGCAGGACCAGGGGGUGGGAACACCCCAUGCUUUCUCGCUUCGGGCAAACACAGCUAUUCUUAUUCUCUUCCACUGCCCCCGCGCCUCCCACUUUGUUUCCUCCUCCAUUUCCUCCUGCGCGGGUGUCUUGAGGGUGCCAGGGAGGAGGCAACGGGUGCAGAUUGGAGAUGCAGUUGGUGGAGUGGAGAACAGUGAAUAUUUUCUUUAGGACAUAAAGUGAAGGAGGAUCCCCUUUUCCUCCCCUUCAAGAAUCUACACCAUCCUUCUUCCCCCAGCUGUGGAAGGUAUGGAAGCAUCUCCGGGAUUUUCUUCUGCUCUUCGCCCUGGACUGUAGGAGUGAGGGGAUUUCUCUCUGCGUACAUCCAUCUCCCUAUCUCUCCAUCCAUCUCCGGGAGGAUUUGAGCCGCUACAACGUGCUUUCAGCCGCUUGCUGCUGCUGCCUGAUACUGUGCAACACGUAGAGAGAGGGUUUUGCAAAAAUGGAUUUGUUCGAUUUUAAAGGAUUUCUUCUCUAAUAAGGAUUGCAUUGCCCACAAAUAUGACUAAAUCUCCUGUUUGGUAAAUCUUCCUGCCCCCUCCCCUUUGGGCUCCCUCCUCCCACCCCUUCAGAGGAGCAAGCCCAGGGAGCUGAUGACGGACCCAUUAAUCUUUCCUUCCAUGCAUCAAAAGAACCCAAAGGUCUGGGAAACGUUGGGCUUGAAAUCCUACAGGAAAUGCUUCGACCGGCUUUUGGUUUUGUAUGAAACUGGUGAUUAGGGGGGGUUGUGCGAGCGAACCCCCUAUUCAUUUGCCCCUGCCUCUUUCCUGGCCCCUUUUGAUGUGCUGUUUGCCAGGUGCUUGUCCUCUUGUCUCUCUCUCUGGCCCGUUGCCGCCAGUUAUGCAGACUCCCUGUCGUACUCAGCGGCUGCUGCUUUUGAUGUGAUUCAAAGAUGAGGAUGUUGAUGAUGAUGAUGAUGAUCGCUCUGGUGUGAUGGGGUUGAGACGGCGGUGAUUGUUUGGAGGCGAGGAGGAGAGAGAGGAAGGGCUGCUGCUGCUGCUGCUACCCUUCGCUGUGUGGGGGUUUCAGUUUUCCUACUCCAUCCUCUCCCCACCACUGCAAAUCCUCCCGUAUCUAAAUGGAAUUAGUGGAGGUCGAAGCCCCUUGUGUAAGGAACAGACAUGAUACAUGGGCGCAGUUUGUUUCACAUUGUAGCAAGUCUAAUCAUUCUACAUCUGUCUGGGGCAACAAAAAAAGGAACAGAAAAGCAAACCACUUCAGAAGUGCAGAAACCAGUGCAGUGUGGAACUUGGACAAAAUAUGCAGAAGGAGGCAUCUUCACUUCUCCCAAUUACCCCAACAAGUAUCCUCCUGACAGAGAGUGUGUCUACAUUAUAGAAGCUGCCCCUAGACAAUGUAUUGAGCUACAUUUUGAUGAAAAAUAUUCUGUAGAGCCUUCUUGGGAGUGUAAAUUUGAUCACAUUGAAGUGCGAGAUGGACCUUUUGGCUUUUCCCCAAUCAUUGGACGUUUCUGUGGACAGCAAAAUCCACCUAUAAUAAAAUCUAGUGGCAGAUUCCUGUGGAUUAAAUUUUUUGCUGAUGGUGAGCUGGAAUCUAUGGGUUUUUCUGCUCGAUAUAAUUUCACACCUG